UUUCAUUAACAUCGCACGGUAAAUUUGUUGCUGUUGUGACUUGUGAUACAAUUUUUUUGUAAAAUAUACAAUAAAUAUACAUUAUAUUUCCAAUUUUUUAAACAAUGGAUGAUUGUGUUGAUGAUUUGUUCGAUGCAUUCGAUGAGACGGCUGAAAAUGUUGCUCCUAAAAUACCAGAGGAAAAAGAAGAGACUAUUCCAGAAAGAACAAAAUCGAAAAAAAGACCUUCUGAUGCACAAGCAACAGUAAAAGAAGAAGAUGAGGAUGAGGAAGAGGCCAGGAGUUCUCCCAAACGACCAAAAUUGGAAGAAUCAUUAUUAGACGAUAUCAAUAUAGAUGAAUUAUCGACUCGAAUAACUGUUCAUACGAUAGAUACAAUUGAAUCAUGUACACAUGAAGUUGCAGUACCUCCUGGUCAUGAAUAUAUUCCCCUGGAACCUUUAACAGGAAAACCCGCCAAGGAAUAUAAAUUUGUUUUGGAUCCUUUUCAAAAAGAAGCUAUUCUUUGUAUUGAAAAUAAUCAAUCUAUUUUGGUCUCAGCGCACACAUCUGCUGGAAAAACCGUCGUUGCCGAGUAUGCGAUAGCAAUGUCCUUGAGGGAAAAGCAACGGGUAAUUUACACAACACCAAUUAAGGCUUUGAGUAAUCAGAAGUACAGAGAAUUUUACGAGGAAUUCAAAGACGUUGGAUUGGUAACUGGAGAUGUGACAAUUAAUCCAACAGCUAGUAUUCUUAUAAUGACGACGGAAAUUCUCAGGAAUAUGCUCUACAGAGGUUCAGAAGUGAUGCGUGAAGUGGGUUGGGUGAUUUUUGACGAAAUUCAUUAUAUGCGAGACAAGGAGAGAGGCGUUGUUUGGGAAGAGACAUUAAUUCUUCUACCAGACAAUGUUCAUUAUGUUUUUCUUUCCGCUACAAUUCCCAACGCGCGACAAUUUGCCGAAUGGGUUGCACAUCUUCAUCAUCAACCCUGUCACGUGGUGUACACUGAUUUUCGUCCGACUCCAUUGCAACAUUAUUUAUUUCCAAUGGGCGGCGAUGGAAUUCAUUUGGUUGUCGACGAGAAUGGUCAAUUUAAGGAGGACAAUUUUAAUAGAGCAAUGUCCUGUUUACAAGGCGAAGCGGCAAAAGGCGAUAAGAAAGGAAGAAAAGGCGCCCUCUUAAAAACAAAUCAGGGACAAUCGAAUAUUUUUAAAAUGGUUAAAAUGAUAAUGGAGAGAAAUUUUGCACCGGUGAUAAUUUUCAGUUUCUCAAAGAAGGACUGUGAAGUUUAUGCCAUGCAAUUGGCGAAAUUAGAUUUAAAUUCCCUCGAGGAAAAGAAAUUGGUCGAUGAAGUUUUUAAUAAUGCAAUGGACGUUCUUAGCGAGGAGGAUCGUCGUUUACCACAAGUUGAAAAUGUUCUUCCACUAUUGAGACGUGGCAUUGGUAUUCAUCACGGUGGUUUGCUACCAAUUUUAAAGGAGACGGUGGAAAUUUUAUUCGGCGAAGGUUUAAUUAAAGCACUUUUUGCUACCGAAACUUUCGCCAUGGGAUUGAAUAUGCCCGCGAGAACUGUUCUCUUUACAACACCGCGGAAAUUUGAUGGGAAAGAUUUUCGUUGGAUCACGUCCGGAGAAUAUAUUCAAAUGUCUGGUCGUGCCGGAAGGAGAGGUUUGGAUGAAAAGGGAAUUGUCAUUUUUAUGAUUGACGAACAAGUGAGUCCGGCAGUGGGCAAAGAUAUCGUACAAGGAAAACCCGAUCCGAUUAAUUCUGCGUUUCAUCUCACUUACAAUAUGGUGUUGAAUCUUCUUCGCGUUGAGGAAAUUAAUCCCGAGUACAUGUUGGAGAGAAGUUUCUAUCAGUUCCAAAAUCAAGCCUCAAUUCCCGAUUUGUAUAAUAAGGUGAAGAAAUUACAAGUCGAGUAUGAUGCGAUGGUACUUGAAAAGUAUGACUCACUUUCUACUUAUCAUGACAUAAGAGAACAACUUGACCGCCUGAGUACGGAAUUUAGAACAUUUCUAACAAAUCCAACUUAUUUGUUACCAUUUCUACAACCUGGAAGAAUGGUGAAAGUAAAAAACGAAAAAGACACAUUCGAAUGGGGAAUAAUUGUCAAUUUCAAAAAGAAGACGCCGAAAAAUCCAGCGAGAGAUGAAACAACGAUAAUUGUCGAUAUUUUGCUUCACGUGUCGAAAAAUUCGACAGAAGCCGCACCGAUACCAUGUCAACCGGGUGAAGACGGUGAAAUUGAAGUUGUCCCCGUUUUACAUAAACUAAUAUCACAAAUCAGUUCACUAAGACUUUAUUAUCCAAACGAUUUACGACCAGCCGACAAUCGAAAGAGUGUUUUAAAAACCAUACAGGAAGUGAAAAAAAGAUUUCCCGAUGGACCACCACUAUUGAAUCCCGUGACAGACAUGAAAAUCGAAGACUCAACAUUCAAGGAUAUCAUCAAAAAAAUUGAAGUCCUCGAGAAAAAAUUAUUCUCCCAUUCAAUUCACAAUGAUCCGAAAGUAAAUGAACUCUAUGAUGAAUUCCUUCAAAAGGAGGAAUUGGGUAAAAAAUUGAAAGAGGCGAAAGAUGAUUUAAAACGAGCGAAAUCUAUUUUACAAAUGGACGAAUUAAAAAGUCGUAAACGUGUUCUUCGACGAAUGGCAUAUUGCACGCCCGCCGAUGUCAUUGAAUUAAAGGGACGCGUCGCUUGUGAAUUGAAUGGUGCCGAUGAAUUAUUAAUGACCGAAAUGAUGUUCAAUGGACUUUUUAAUUCAUUAAAUGUUCCACAAAUGGUGGCAUUAAUCAGUUGUUUUGUUUGCGAUGAGAAAUCAAAUGAAAUGCCAAAAAGUACCGAGGAACUUGGCGGUCCUUUAAGGCAAAUGCAAGAUUUAGCACGACGUAUCGCUAAAGUAUCCGGUGAAGCAAAUUUAGAUUUAGAUGAAGAACAAUACGUUGAACGAUUUCGACCAUUUUUAAUGGACGUACUCUAUGCCUGGUGCAAGGGUGCAAGUUUUUUGCAAAUCUGCAAAAUGACCGACAUUUUUGAAGGUUCCAUUAUUCGUUGUAUGCGACGUUUGGAAGAAGUACUGAGACAACUUUGUCAAGCUGCGAAAAAUAUUGGUAAUACAGAUUUAGAAAAUAAAUUCAGCGAGGCAAUUAAAUUAAUAAAAAGGGACAUUGUUUUCGCCGCCUCAUUAUAUUUAUAAACAAAAAAGAAAGGUAAUAAAAAAAUUGUAUUAUUUUUGUAAAUUACGAAAUGAAAUUUUUCUCCAUUGAAAAAUAAAGUUAAAAUACUUUUUUCUUGAAUAA